CAAAGCGGUGCAGUCAGCAAAAAUAACGUGAAAUCGAUCGAAAGUAUUUGGACUUUGAUCACAAAUAUAAUUCGAGUGUUGUGUGCAUUUGUGAAGAAAGGAGACAGCCGCACGAUGAUGACAAACCGAUGUGCUUGCUUCGCCUUGGCUUUCCUCCUGUUCUGCUUUUUGGCCAUCUCAAGCAUCGAGGCAGCUCCAAUGCCCAGGUACCAAUACAAUGGCGGUGGCGACGGCACUGGCUAUAACGAACUGGAUGAGGUGUCCGAGGCUGUGAUGAAUUUGAUGACUCGCCUUGGACGCACCAUGUUACGAGCACGAAACGAUGUAGAAAAUACCAAGCGAACCGUGGACUUUGGCUUGGCCCGUGGCUAUUCCGGGACUCAGGAGGCGAAACAUCGCAUGGGUCUGGCUGCAGCCAAUUUUGCUGGUGGACCCGGGCGAAGGCGGCGUUCCGAGACCGAUGUCUAAGUCGACUUUAGGAGUUCGGGCUGCGAAUCCUGUGGACGUUAAGGACGAUUGUCAACUUCUCAACUAAAACUUGACCCAUUCUCGACUCUUCCCUAGAGCUUUAUUUUGAAUUCGAAUUUUCGACUUUCGUUUUAUUGUUUGUUAUUCAUUGUACAUAUAUAUUUAUUACGGACCUUUCCUCAUGCAUUCAUCACAUAUUUUCUUACAUGUCUUUUGUGGUAUUAUGAAAAAAUAAAUAUUCAGCUGAUAUCGAAAUUAUAUAUACCAAAAGCGAACACCCAAAUAAAAGCGUUAAACUGUUGCUCUGAAAGAUAAAAUGUUGAACACUAUUUAUAAAAUUUUCCAUCUCACAUUUAACUCAGUCCUAAUUGCUCGUUUUAACCCAAAAAUAAAAGGGGAAAGCUAAAAAAAAAGAGAAGGAAGAAAUUUAAAUAAAUAUCCUAAAUAUAUAUUCAAGUGUAAGCAAAAUCGCGCAAAAAAUCUUUAACUAGGUAUGUCUUACAUAAACAAAAAAAAAAGAAGAAGCUACAAAAAGCUACACAUUAACACGUACUUAUAUGCAACACACUUUUGGCCCCCAAAAAUGAAGCCCAUAAAAGCCCCAACGAAACUGAAAGUUUAUUUCGCCAAUAGCCCGCGACUUUUAAGUAUUGUAAAUAUAAAUUACUAAAACACACGUACAACUAAUGCGAUACAAAUAUAUAUAUAUAUAUAUAUACAUAUAUACUUACGGAAUUCUACUUGCAUAUAUUUAAUAAUUAUUGUGUCUAUGGAAAAUGCUGCAAACAUAUUAUUAACCGUGAGUCGGGACACGAUCAAAUAAAAUUCUACAUUUUGAGAAACAUCA